AUGGCUUACUCCGGUGACGUCACAUCCGCCUUCUUCUUCAAUCCAAGUCUGGAGCCGGAAUUAUAUCACCCACCAAAAUGUUGGACGUCGUCACUUAUCAGACUUAGUGAUGGUGGAUCAAGUGACAAUCAACAGGUCAGCUGGACGUCCUUUGCCAGGCCCACAACAGAAUGGCGUGAAGUUUCAAGAGGAAAAUAUUCUCCUAAAAUCCUUGCUUUCAUAAAGACUGGUCUCUCCCUAAGGUGUCCGUGCUAUGCGGUGGGUUUUACAGCAAGGAAUCAAUCUUUUCAUUCAUCUGUUGUGAGGCUCAAGAAGAGACCACAGCCAGUACCACCUCCCAGGGAGCUGGACCUGCUGCGGUAUGAUAUGAACGACUUCUGGAAGAGUCCCAAACCAGCUCUGUGGCUGGGGGUUGCGGGACUGAUCCCCUUUGUUGCCCCGCCACUCAUCAUGGGUGUGACUGAAAGCUACUUUCCCGAGCUUGCCUAUGCUCAAGUGGCCUAUGGCGCGUCCAUCGUUUCCUUCCUGGGAGGAGCUCGCUGGGGGUUCGCUCUCCCUGAGAGUAGCCCUGCCAAACCUGAUUGGAUUAACCUGAGCAACAGUGUGGUUCCUUCACUCUUAGCCUGGGUUACCAUGCUGAUGGCCGACAACAUUGUUCCUUCAGCUACCAUGGUUAUUAUGGCGCUGGGAAUCUCACUUCACUAUGAUCUGUCACUCCUGCCCACCUACCCCAGCUGGUUUAAAGCCCUGCGUGCAUUCUUGACCUUUGUGGCAUUUUUCUCUCUACUGGGUACACUCAUUACGCAUCAAAUGUACCCGGAGAAAACUUUUUUCUCAGCCUGA